AUGGAUCGGGAGAUGAUGCCAGAAUGCUUUGUACCUCCACAUCUGCCGCUGCAGCCAAGUACUGCCGACUUCCCUGUGUCAUCACUUUCAUCGUCAUUCAAGCUGGACGAAGGCUAUUCAGAUGAGACUCAGAGCCAGAUAGAUAAGGAACUAGUGUCUGAUGCCAUGACCCUUCCUGACUGGCUGACUAACCUGAGCGAGAAAGAAAAAGCUGAAAUUGCAUACGAAUUGCUACGCUCGCUAUCUACUCCAGCCCUUGCAUGCGUUGUAGAAAGAAUUAAUCCGCUGCUCCAUAUGGACCCCGUUUUGAGGCUACCUACGGAACUGACCGACCAAAUAUUCUCCUACCUUGAACCACGCACACUUCUGGAUGCCUCGCUCGCGUCGCGCUCAUGGCGCCAUCGAAUACUUAGCUCGAGUAUUUUCAGGGGAUGUUUUGUUAAUGAAGGAUGGAAAGCGGACAUCCAAGCAAUUCGGACUUUUGAACAGGAAAAUGCUGGGGCGGUGUGGCCGCGCAAGGCACGCCCUCGACACCCAGAGAUAGAUCUAGAAGAGCCACAGCAUAAGAAACGCGUACCUUCGUCAUGGCGAGACUCAAGUGAUCCUGAAGCUAAUGGCGAAGGUCGUGCAGAAUCUGAUAAUGAGGAGGAAAUGGUUGAUGUGGACGACCAAGUUGGAGUAGAAGUUGAUGAGCUCGGCCUCAGUCCUUCGAAGCCUGCCUCCCACCUUUCAUCCGUAUUAUACCCACCACUACGGUCUUCACUUGUGACGUGCGCCCCGGACGGUAGUCCAAAAAUCAACUGGGUUCAUCUUUAUAAGCAGCGUCGUCGCCUCGAAGCCAAUUGGCAUCAUGGUAGACAUACCAAUUUCCAGCUUCCUCACCCCUCACACCCGGAAGAGGCUCACGGCGAAUGCGUAUAUGCGAUUCAGUUCGAAGGAAAGUGGCUGGUCAGUGGUAGUCGCGACAAGACAGUGCGCGUCUGGGACUUGGAGACCAAACGUCUAUGGCACCGCCCGCUCAUUGGACAUGAGAGAUCAGUACUGUGCCUCCAAUUUGAUCCCAGCCCCGAAGAAGACAUCAUCAUCUCCGGUAGCAGUGACCAGUCCGUGAUAAUGUGGAAGUUUUCUACUGGAGAGAAGCUCCACCAAAUCUGCAAUGCCCAUACCGACUCGGUACUUAACCUUAAAUUUGAUAAUCGCUACCUUGUCACUUGUUCCAAAGACAGAAUGGUCAAAGUUUGGAAUCGACGAGAGCUUGCGGUGACCGAUGAGAACUACCCGCGCAUAUCCCGCGGCACACCAGCUGUUUUUCCACAUUACAUUAUCGACCUGGAUGGUAUGGAACCUGAUAUUCUCCAGUCCCGACUAUUCCAUGAGGAAUUCAAGCCUUUGAAGCCCUAUUCGCUUCUAAUGAUCAUUCAAGGGCAUAAUGCCGCGAUCAAUGCCAUGGAACUUCGUGGAGAUGAGAUCGUCACUGCAUCAGGCGAUCGUACGAUCAAAGUCUGGAAUAUUCGUAAUGGUACCUGCAAAAAAACCUUGAUGGGCCACCAUACAAAAGGUAUUGCAUGUGUUGAGUUUGAUGGCCGCCGUAUCAUCAGCGGAAGCAAUGACAACACAGUCCGGAUCUUCGAUCAUAUCACUGGAGUGGAAGUGGCAGUUCUUAAAGGCCACAAUAAUCUUGUCCGUACAGUCCAAGCUGGGUACGGUGACCCACCAGGGGCCGAUGAGAAAUUUCGCCACGAGGUAUCGAAAAUUGAGAGUGCAUUCUGGAAGGCGCAGCAGGAUGGUGUUCCUGUAGGUAUGGGCCCCAGGGCCAUGCGACGUGCCGGUCAUUACACCAACACGGCCGGAUCUCAAAAUCCUCUGGAUCUUCCUGCUCUCGGAGCAAAGCUUCCUCCCGGUGGUGGAAGUAAUGAGUGGAGUCGCAUCGUAUCUGGCUCAUACGAUGAAACAGUUAUAGUCUGGCACAAAGGCCCCAAUGGGUGGGUAGAGAGCUAUCGACUUAGACAGCCAGAUGCCGUGAAUAGUGCUGCCCGUGACAAUCUCAGCGAUGCAGCACGAACUGUUGUAUCAACGCAAGCUGAGCAAUUACAAGCCGCGCAGGUCCUAGCCGCAUCUGACGCCAAUAACGCCAAUAUCGAUCCCAAUAUCAAUCCCAAUAACGUCGCUGUACUUACACCAGCACCUCAAAUCGCUCCCGGUCGUCAGGUUCGCGGUCAUCAUCGCCUUCAAUCUUCACUAUCAGCGUCAAGGGUUUUCAAAGUUCAAUUUGACUCGCGCAAAAUCAUUUGCGCCAGUGUGGAUCCACGCAUUGUGGGAUGGGACUUUGCGAAUGGCGAUGAGGAGAUUAUUGAAGCGUGCCCAUACUUUCAAGUUCUAUGA